AUGUUAAGGGAAAUGGGGCAGCUCUCAGCCAAGCAUCACCGCCUUAUUAAUCAUAAGUUCCAGACUCUCUUUACUUCCCACGAGGACCCUCAGGAGUUCUGUCUCGUACUGAUCCGUACCCUCUUUGACUUUGCUCAUCUUUUCCUCCAGCCUCGUCAACACAUAAUCCUAUCUACCGACGCCCUUUGUCUUGCGGUCUCGGUGUAA